AUGAGCACUACUGCGACGACGGUUAUCCAGCCAAGAAAGCUCAUGCAAGAGCCUCAAAAUGCGAUUGUGGAUGCUCCCAUUGGUGAUUGGCGCGCCGAGCUUCGCGAAAAUGGAUAUGCCGUGAUAAAAGGUGCAAUCCCACGUGGAAAAGCCCUUGAAUAUCAACGAAAAGCCCGUCAAUGGCUCAAGUCCUUCGGAAACACCGAGCUGGACUACGAAAACCCAGAGACGUGGGUGGCUAAGAACCUUCCCCUUCAGAGCUCAAUCAACACAUUUAGCGCCUACGCCAUUGCCCAUGAAAAAUUCAUGUGGGAUGUUCGCAUGGAGCCUGGUGUCAUUGAUGCUUUCACCAAGAUUUGGGGCACAGAUGAACUCAUAGCCAGCUUCGACAGUCUGAACAUUACAUUUCCCAACCGCAAAGACGUUCCGCGGAAGGGUGCUUGGGAACACGUCGAUCAAAGUCCUCUGCGGCGCGGUAUGCAUUGUGUUCAAGGAAUCGUUAAUCUCUCCACAGCGGGUCCAGAAGACGGCGGACUCGUGGUUUAUCCUGGUUCUCAUCGAUUGGUUGAUGAGUACUUUGACACUGAAACAGACCCGUGUGAAUGGACCUCCAAAGAUCUUUACUGGUUUGACCACACCAAGCUCGAAUGGUUUGCGCAGAAAGGUUUACGCCCCCGCAAGGUCUGCGCAGACAUCGGGGAUUUGAUUGUGUGGGACAGCCGCACCAUUCACUAUGGCUCCGAGCCCACCGAAGCCAGCAACACCAUCCGCACAGUCGUUUAUGUUGCCCUAUCACCCGCCAAGUUGGCGUCCGCAGAGACAGUUGAUUGCAAGGCUGAAGUAUUCCGCAAGUACGGUGGUACCACGCAUUGGCCUCACGACAAUGUCAUCGUGCGGAAUUAUUGGGCCAUACUUCCUGAUGGAAGUCGGGAUCCACGGGACCGAGAAGUGCCUCUGGAGCUCCCCGAAAUGAGUGACAAGCUCUUGAAGCUUGCGGGUGUGAAGCCAUACUAG